GUAACCAAACCCAGGAGCAUUGUGGGUAAAAAAAAUGGUUGACUUGUAUAAGACAAUUAAGGUGGCUUGUAACUUCCCGCUCGCCGGUCAAACGACGCCGCUUCCCCGCCGUCAUGCUGCGGUUCAGCCGCCUCGCAGCCUGCCGGGAGUUGGCGACCGGCUCACCCGGCAUCCGCGGCUGGAAGAGCGGCCUUCGUCGACCCAUGGCCACGGGAGUGUGCCGGUGGACAUUCAGCCGGCACGAAGAGGUCGUCGACGCCCGGAGAAGAGUCAUGUUCUGGGGUCAGAAUGAGCGAAUGUUCUGCUCAAAGCCCGGAGCUGAGGACCCGGGGAGUGAGACCUCCGGCCGGCACUCGGACAUCUCGGUGGUCGGCACCCCGGAUCCGAUCACUUGGAUCCGGUGUAAAGUCAUCUGCUUCCUGCUUGAACUCUACUUCGACCUGGAUGUCAGCUGUGAGGGCUUUGAAAGAGGAGUCAAGCAGGCGGUGGUCCACGUCUCCGAUUUGAUGUCCAAAGGCAAAUACUUCCAAAUGAUUGGGCUCGUGUCUGUAGAGACAAUCAGAUACAUAGAGAAGAAGUGCCAGCCGCUGUCGGCGCGUCAGAGGCAGAAUCUCACCAUCUCCAUGGAAGAUAUCCUAUUUGUAACUCCAGAAGACGUCUCUGUGGUCUUCGACGCUCAUGGUAGAAAGUUCUGCAAUAUCGCCAUGAGAUGUUGGCACCUGUCCUCGCAUGAAGGCCCCGACGACCCCGAAGGCACCAGAAUUUUUAAAGUGUCGCCCGGUGAAGAUGGCGUUCCACAGAAGAAAAUAGCGACUGUCGUCUAUGAGUUCCAUCGGGAGCUCACGGGUGGCGCGUCUUUGGACUGGACAGUAACCACAGUUUGGCACUGGAACUGGAACCAGAGCCAAGCCGACUGACUGGGCAAGUAGAGGAUUUUCAAACUGGACCUAAAUCCUCUGGUAGGACUUCGCUCUGGUGCCUCUGAGUCAGUGGUGUCCAUUAUUGUGCUAAUGGCAGGUAACGUGUUGGUUGGUUUGUAUGCAAAAGCUAAUUUGCCACAGAGGACUUGUUACAGGAUUUGUUACAUUUUGGCGCUCGUCGGGAUACAAACACACAAUGGAACUGUCUGAUUUUUAUAAUCGGCCAUGGUGCAUGUCAUUUUUGUGGACGCCGUGGGAAUGACAAAAAGUUGGCGUAAAAACACGAAAAGCCAAACAAA